AUGAAAGAAUCGGUCGCAGAUGUUUCCCGUUUGCCCAUUGCCUACUGCACACUCCUAGCAGAGUUUGAUAUCGACACCGGCUCCUGUCUGCGGGCGCGGUAUCCAUUGAAGUCCUCACCGGUGAGUGGGGAGAUAAUAACAGGAGAGGGCAAUACACUCUCAGGCAUGGGAAGGAGUGAAGAAGAAAUUGCACAAGAAGAAGAAGAACAACAACAACAACAGGCAUUUGAAUUAGAUGAGAGUUAUUGCGCAAGUCACAUGUUACCAGAUGGUGCUGAGAAGCAGGUAGUUAGUCGAACUGUAUUUAUUGUUAAUAGACCGAAACCUGUUAUGAUUGAACGAGUUCCUAUUUAUUAUUUUACUGCUGUUGCUGCUGCUGCCUCUUCUCCUAAUAAAACAGAUGUAAACACAGGGGAUAUAUCUCUACUAUCUUCAGAAAGUCAUUUUAAAUGGAUUCGUGACACAAAAGUUGAUAACACUUUUCUUCAUGAUGAAUUACAGUUUAUAAAAACUACAAGGGAGCUCUUUCUUCGAAAAAAAGGUUCUGUUAAAAUAGAGUCUAUAGCUCUAAAACAACCUCAAAUGCUUCUACUCUCUUCAACUCUCCCACAUAGCAUCAAUAACUUUGUACAACAACUACAGGUUAAACUUCUACAAAAUGAAGUUGAAGUAGUUGAAAGAGGAUCUCCUCUUCGAAUAGAUGAGACAUCUUUAUCUAGGGUCUCUAAACCUUUAAAUAGUCAUCAUUCGGGAUAUUCAUUUGCAAUCAUUCGUACGGAUACAAAUUAUUAUGGUUUUUUAGUACAAUCCACAUACUUGGAACGUUUUAAUUCUUUAAUGAAUGUUUUCUCCACAGCUUCUGAAGAAGAGAAAGAAGAAAAAAAAGAAGAAAAAGUAACUAGUCAUUCCACCAAUUACGUAGUUCCACCACUCUAUGGUCUUUGUGCAGUUGUCACCCGCAAAGAUGCAUCUGUGCGGCGUGGUGGAAUUAGUAAGAGUGUUGCUAUUCUAGGGCCUAAAUUAGUUUGGCUCGAACCUUUCUUUCCUCUUCUUGUAGAAACGGCACUUCAGUGUUGUGAUGUGAAGGGAAAAACAGAAGAGGCUGUGGAAAAGCAAACCGCACUGUUACGACGUUGCUUUGAUAGUGUUGCGUUCGCAAAAGUUCCUUUGAGAGAAGGUUUAAGUAAAGUGAAAGACUUUUUAGAGAUGGAAGUUAUUCGAUUAUCUACAAGAUCUCCAAAGACAUCUCAUAUCUUAUAUACUACUUCACCUUUUGGUACAUCACACUCUAUUCAUAUACCAGUCUUACCCGAAUCGUAUGAUUUUACAUUUUCUAGAUAUGGUUUAGAGCGAAUGGUGGAAAUUUGUGGUUCUUCAUUCUGGUUUGUUGUUAUGGCUAUUAUAUUGGAGAAGCGAAUUGUUGUACUGUCUCGUCAGGGUUUACCUAAUGAUGUAUGUGAAGCGGUAUUAUCUUUAGGUCUUAUAGGUGAUUUAUUAGAUCCUCAUUUUACUACUACAAAAGUAUUUCCUUAUACUUCUGUUAACGGUUUCUUACAUUUUAGUAAUAUACCUGGAUAUAUUGUUGGAACAUUAAAUCCAAUAUUUGAAACCCAACAGGCAUGGUGGGAUGUAUUAUGUGAUUUAGAUAACAAGACUGUAAUAGUAUCGCCUGAAGGAUGGAAUGGCAUUAUUAAUAAUAAUAACAAUAAUAAUAGUAAUAAUAGUAAUAAUAAUAAUAAGGCAAGUAAUCUCUCUGUGGAUGAUGUGCAAUUUUUCAAAGAUAUUAUUAAUAAGGUAUAUCGAAUGAAAGCAUUAGGAGAAUCAUUAUGUGAACAGCAUACAGCCGUACGUCUCAUGAUAGAAGAAUAUAUUGGUUUAAUGAUUAUGAUAGGUGAUGAGGCAAACGAAAUAAAAAGACAUGAAUUAUCUCAUAUUAUACAAAAUAUUUUUCUUGCCCCAAAUAUUACUCGAAUACGAGUUCGUGCACAGAGUGAAUAUAUGAUACAAGAUAUGCCGGAAAAUUUUCUUUUACUUGGUGAAGACCCUUUUCUGCUUUUUAGUGUAGCCACUUUGCGUCGUGCUAGCAGCUGUGAUGAGGUGGAAUUACUACAAGCUUUACACUUUCUUCUUGAUUGUGUACAGACAUGUAAAGAAGUUCUUUUACUGUUGCGACGUAUGCCAAGAGCGUUGGAUGGACUUAAUCCACUGGCAGCACAACUACUUCACCCAUCACUGCAGGUGCGAAGUACGGCGUUGGAGUUACUAAGACGUUUGGAGGUUAUGCAAGUGGGUAGAGAUGCCAUUGCGGCGAUGAAUACCUUUAUGUACAUGGUGUAUGAGGAAGCUUCUAAGAAGAUGUGA